UUACCUAUAGCUUGCUUUGUCUUAGCACUACGUAGGCAACUAGGCACUGCACUGCACGUGCUACUUUAUGCAGUAUAUAUACAUAUACAGUACGUCAUACGUGAUCCAUCCAAGCUACAUCAUAUCGAGCUUCCAUUCAUGGCCACCACCACCGCACGACCAACGCCGCUGGCGACCAACUUACUGCGGCUGUUCCUGACGCUAUCGCCGGCGAGCAGGGUGAUCCCCAAGCAGCAAGGGCAGGGCGGUGGCUGCAGGGCAACGCGGCUGGACGGCGCCGGCGAGUUUCGGUGCCGCACCUGCGGCCGCGCGUUCGCCACGUUCCAGGCGCUGGGAGGCCACCGCACCAGCCACAAGCGCCCGCGGGUGCGCGCCGACGGGCUCGACCUCCUGCUCGGCGCGAGGCCCGGCAAGGGCGCCGCCGCCAGCGGCGUCCACCGGUGCGACACGUGCGGCCUCGUGUUCUCCACCGGACAGGCGCUCGGCGGCCACAUGCGACGCCACAGGUCGCCGCCGGCGACCAUCAAGUUCGUCGCCUUGUCUGAUGAUGGAGAGGAUGACGAUGCGAGCCACUUGUCGACCGCCACGUCGUUCAUCAAGUUCAUAUGAAUUAUUGAACGAUCCAUCAGUAUAUAUAUGUCAUCAACGUUAGUUAAUCUGGCCAGCCGGGGUGGUUUCUUCGUCCACUAACUAAUAUGCAUGUAAUAAUAUGCCACAAGAGGAUUAUUUUAUUUUAGUUUGUUGAACUAUAUAACCGUCGUAGCUAGUAAAAAAUAUACACAGUUUGA